AUGCCUUUGAAUGAUAAGGUGUUGUUUGUUUCGAAGAUCUUUCGACCAGCCAUCUCAAGGCCAUGGAAGUCCGGCAGCAGCAUUGAUCUGGUUUGCAAGAGUCAGAAGCUGCUGUUGGACAAGGGGCUGAUCAAAUACGCGGCUGGUCGUGGCUUGUUCCACAUUCUUCCGGUACUGCAUCGAUCGUUUGAGAAGUUAGUCGUCAUCGUCGACGCAGAAAUGAAGGCGAUUGGUGGCAAUCGCCUGUCAAUGCCCCUUCUUUGCGAUCGCUUCUUGUGGGACAAGACUUCCCGAUGGACCCUGUUCGGCGAGGAGCUGUUCAAAUUGAGAGACCGGAAGGACGCUGAGCUAUGCCUGUGUCCCACGCAUGAAGAGCUUGUGACGCAGCUGGUGGCGCAGAACGGUCCAUUGGCCCUUAGGCAACUGCCUCUGCUAUUGUACCAGUUUGGCUGGAAGUUCCGCGACGAGGCGAACCCUCGGUUCGGCAUGCUGCGCUCCAGGGAGUUUUUCAUGAAGGACAUGUACAGCUUCGACCACUCUGCCGAAGCGUGCCUGGAGAGCUACCGAGCGGUCAGCGACGCUUACAGCCGUAUCUUCAAACGUAUGCCCGUCCCGGUACACGUCGUGGACGCUGAGGUUGGCAUGAUGGGCGGUGACCUCAGUCACGAAUACCACCUGAUUUGCACCGGCGGUCAGGACUGCAUCGACGUCUGCCAGAGCUGCGGUUCCGCAUUUCUCCAUGACGCUGGUCACAACGAAACAGGGUCCAAAGCUGAACCUAGCCUUUCCACUGAACCGGAUGGCAAAAAGUGUCCCCACUGUGGCGACAGAGGUCUUAGAUCGUUCGAAUGUUCUGAGAUCGCACACACGUUUGUCUUGGGUAAAAAGUACUCAGAGGCACUGAAUGCUCAUUUCCUGUGUGACGAUGGCCAGCGCAAGCCGCUUCACAUGGGUUGUUACGGCAUUGGAGUGUCUCGUCUGUUGGCGGUGUCCGUCGAUCUGUUGUCGACCGACAGCGCGUUGAGGUGGCCGAAGAUGAUCGUGCCAUUUAAAGUGUGCGUAAUACCACCAAAAAGAUUCAGCAAGGAGUCGUCAGCGACAGCCAUCGCUGAACAUAUUGCCACUUGCCUCGCCGAUUUGCCGAAUUUGCGCGAUGAAGUGCUCUUCGACGACCGUACCGAUCUGACCGUUGGGAGACGUCUGGCUGACGCCAAGAAUCUUGGCUGGUUGUACGCAAUCGUCGUUAACAAAACGUUCUUCCAAAAGCCGGUUCCCAGGUUCGAGCUGGUAGACAUUUACGAGGACACUUGUGAGGAAGUUACUCACUGUGAGCUGUUCCACCGAUUGAGGAACAUUUAG